AGGCCCACUGCAUCCUGAUUUAUUGCACCCAAAGGCUGGAGACCUUCUUUCAACUUAGCACUGUGUUCAAUUCACCGGCAGCUUCUAUCCUCAUGACGACUCCGGGGGCCGCUGAAACAUUAGCAUGGGUACUAGGUACACAGAGGUCAUGCUACUGUUCUCUCUACCCUCAUGUACUUUAAAUUUUUUCCAUAAUAUGAAACAGGACAGGCAGCAGGAGCGCAGACGCAAGCACACACAGUGUAUCCCUGGGGCAGACGGCCCUUCGGGAGAGCAGCCGCCAUGAGUUUCAGAAAGAGGAUUGGGUACCUUCAGGUGUCUGUGGUCAUCAUGGCUGAGAAGAGACGAUGCCUUGAGGUCGUCACAGAUGGCUGGGCUUUUAAGAACAAUGUGAACAUCAGGACUCACCGGAAUCUCCAGGAUCGCCUGCAGGCCGCCCGCUUGCUGCUGGACAGGACCCCCCGGUGCCCCGUGGUGGUGGACACAAUGGAGAACGAAAGCAACUGGCGCUACGCAGCGCUGCCCGAGAGGCUCUACGUGCUCCGGGAGGGCAGGAUCCUCUACAAGGGUAAAUCUGGCCCUUGGAACUACCACCCAGAGGAAGUCCGUGCUGUUCUGGAGAAGCUCCACAGUUAGUCUGGAAAGAUCCCCCAGUUCUAGGUGAUCAACAGGAGGGCUCCUCAAGUCUUGGCUCGCCUCCCAGCCCAGGUGGCUUUUACCUCUGGACUCCUGUCCCCUGCCGAACCACUAGCUCAGAUUGGUCUGGUCCAACCAAACAAUUGUAAUCAGAAAACAAAGCAGCAAGUAAGCUGAAUGUUAAAGACCAUACAACUCGAUUCUGCCCCCACGGUGGAGACCACAUUUGUCGCACGACAUCGCCACGUGAGAGAGGCCCCACUCCAUGCUGAGGUGUGCUCUCUCUCUCCAGCCACUCUGGUACCAAGUGGUCAGAUACGGCAGUCCUUAUGUUAGGCAAAUUCAUUUUCCCCAAUUGGCCAUUUAUGGACUUGAUCACCUAAGACACUAAACUGACUUUUAGAACCAAGCAUGGGGAGAACGCCAGUUGUUCAGAGAAAGAGAUGAGGAAUUGAAAGCUGUUGCUCAUUUAUGCAGAAGCUUGCAUUCAAAAUUGUUUCUCUGAUUUCUUUGCAAGUCUCCUAAUGGUCAUUUGUGUUAGAUUACAUCAGACUAAUGGAUAACCAUUGGCAUUCAUCUGUUUUAACUCUGCUUCUUUUCAUAUUUGUCUAUGACGGCCACAGCCUAAAGUACACACAGCUGUGACUUGAUUUGAAAGAAAAUGUUUUAAGAUGCAGCAAGCUAAUACAGAAUGAUCAAACUA